ACUUUUGUGUCCUGACUCUUCGAGAACCGCUCUUGCUGGUGGCUCCCCGUGGCUCCCGUGGCUCCCGUUUCUCCCAGGGUGAGCCGACAAGAGACCCCUCCUCAGCACCCCGGCACAGCCCUGCUACGCUUGGUGGGCCCAGAUACCUCAGCAGGGGUGAAGAUCGUGGUGAGCCACCCUGCUAUUCAGCCCUCCCGGAACCCAGCCGCCCCUACUCUGGUUUGUCUACUCUAUUGCCUGGAUGCCUGCUUGUUGAGUUGGGGAUUCAGCACUUCCCAGAAGCCCCACUAUACCAGACAGCUUGAAGAGACCCUAAGAGGAUCAUGCCGUCAGCCUUUGCGGGAGUGGUCAAGAAUGUGAUCAAAGAGGUGGGCGGCAGCGGAGGAGAGCUCAUCCCAGUGGACUGCCUUCGGAAUUCUACCAGCUUCAAGCCCUACUGCCUCCUGAGCAGGAAACUCUCAAGCUCAUGGUUCUGGAAACCCCGUUAUACAUGUGUCAACCUGUCAAUCAAGGACAUCCUGGAGCCCAGUGCUCCAGAACCAGAACCGGAGUGUUUUGGCAACUUCCAAGUCUCCGAUGUCGUCGAUGGGAACAUUCAGGGCAGUGUGACGUUGUCAGGCACGGGACAAGGGAAAAUUUCUGGUGGGGCUGCAGUGUCUGGCAGUUCCAGUGCCUCCAUGAAUGUGUGUAUGCUGCGUGUGACUCAGCAGACCUGGGAGAUCAUGCAACGUGAAAGGCACCUGCAGCAGCCUGAAAACAAAAUCCUGCAACAGCUGCGGAAUCGUGGGGAUGACGUGUUUGUGGUGACCGAGGUGCUGCAGACAAAGGAGGAGGUGCAGAUCACCCAGGUCCACAGCCACGAGGGCUCAGGCCAGUUCACACUGCCUGGAGCCUCGUGCUUGCAGGGUGAAGGCAAGGGCCACCAAAGCCGGAAGAAGAUGGUGACCAUUCCUGCAGGCAGCAUCCUUGCAUUCCGAGUGGCCCAGCUGCUCAUUGGCUCUGAAUGGGAUAUUCUUCUCAUCUCAAAUGAGAAAAAGAGGACCUUUGAGCUGCCCUCCUCAGGCCACAAAGGAGCAGUGGGCCAGAGGCGGCAUGACUUUAGUCUGCUUGCCGUACUCCAUUCCAUCGGGGAGCGGCUGAGUCUCAAGUCAGAUGGAACCAAUGAGGAAGAAGUAAUCAGGGAAGACUUCCAAGGCCUGCGUGCGGAGGUGGAGGCAGGCUCUUCAGAACUGCGGAGCUUAGAAAUGGAGUUGAGACAACAGCUACUAGUAGACAUCGGGAGGAUUUUACAGGACCAGCCCAGCAUGGAAGCCUUAGAGGCCUCACUAGAGCAGGGUCUGUGCAGUGGUGAGCAGGUAGAGCCUCUGGAAGGCCCAGCAGGCAGCAUCCUUGAGUGUCUGGUGCUCGACUCUGGAGAACUGGUGCCGGAACUUGCAGCCCCCGUCUUCUACCUGUUGGGAGCACUGGCUGGGUUGAGUGAAACCCAGCAGCAGCUACUGGCUACUAAGGCUCUGGAGGCAACGGUGCUGUCAAAGGAGCUAGAGUUGGUGAAGCACGUCUUGGAACAGAGCACCCCAUGGCAGGAGCAGAGAUCUGUGCCCCUGCCCUCCAGGCUCCUUGGGGACAGCUGGGAUGAGGAGGCUCUCACCUGGGUCUUGCUAGAAGAAUGUGGCCUAACGCUGCAGGUGGAACCCCCCCAGGUAUACUGGGAACCAACAUCUCAGGGCCCCAUAUGUGCACUCUAUGCCUCCCUGGCCCUAUUGUCAAGUCUAGGCCAGAAAUCGUGUUAGCCUGCACACCACCCUUCCCACAACAUCUUCAUAUCCUACCCUCCAGGGCAGAAACUUGCCAAGUCCAGCCUCUAGGCCAAGAACCUAACUCAGUCACAGGGUUAGAAUGCAGCAAGACCCAGGAGUUGGGAAAAACUCAAUAAAUGUACAAAGAAAAAA